AGCCCUGGGAGCAGCUCUCCUGCCAGAGCCCCUCAUCCCCUGAAAAUGUCCGCCGGCACAAAGUUCGUCUCCGCCCCGUUCUUGGUCAGGAGCACCUCUGAGCUGUUGAGCCGAUCACUGUCUGCAGUGGUGCUAAAACCACCCGAGACCCUAACAGAUGAGGCACCUUAUAAGGGCCUCAGCAUCUUGACAGCCCAACAUCCCCUGACCUCACUUAUUCCUAGCCGAAGCUUCCAAACCAGCGCCAUUUCAAGGGACAUCGAUACAGCAGCCAAGUUCACUGGGGCUGGGGCUGCCACGGUAGGGGUGGCUGGCUCUGGGGCUGGAACUGGGACUGUGUUUGGGAGCCUCAUCAUUGGUUAUGCCAGGAAUCCCUCUCUGAAGCAACAGCUCUUCUCCUACGCCAUUCUGGGCUUUGCCCUCUCAGAGGCCAUGGGGCUCUUUUGCCUGAUGGUGGCCUUUCUCAUCCUCUUCACCAUGUGAAGGAGCUAGAUGGAAGAGC